GACCAUCGAUUCUGAGCUCUACUGCGAAUAACUGAUGAGAUUAAAGCAAGAAGUUGAGAGAAAGCGGCAGGACUGCCAAAACCAAUUGUCGCGGUAUUUUGAUCAGAAGCCCCAAAAUUUCUAUAGCAAUGGGAUCAUGUGCCUACCUACAAGAUGGCAAAAAGUUAUCGAACAAAAUGUCGACAAUUGGCGGUUGUUUGCAUCAGUGUACACCACACCACACAUACGGGAGAAGUGGCGAUUGCUCGUUAGGCGCAUAGCAUCUGCCCACAGCAAUGAUAACGAGGCCAAGGAAGGAGAACGCAGCAGAUGGAGGACGUUGGUACAAGAGAGGUUGAUGCAGGGAGUCACGACCCUCAGUAAUGAGGAGGACCACGCAAGGAAGAGGAGGAAAGCAAUGGUACCGAAUGACGAUCACGAACGCUGUACGAAGUGCUUCUUAUGUAGAAAAAUAUUUGUACUUAUCAAUUUCUGACCAAUAGUUUUUGAUUUAUCGUUGAUAAUGCAAAUUUAAUUGAUAUAUAUAUAUAUAUAUAUAUGUAUAUACAUAUAUUGAUAAUGUU